GUCAAAGAAGCAUGUCAAUCUCCUUCCUCCCCCCUCGCGUCAUCAUCCAUAAGCCCCCACCACUCGACCUACACGCACACAAGCGGUCAUCUGUGGACACUCUGAGCGGUCGUAAUGCGCAUGUACACAAGCCUAUCUCGCGCGCUUUCAGCACCUACCGUCUUGGGCCGAUGGCCGAUGGUCAGGGCAACAUCUAUCUGUUGGUUUGUCCUCAUGCGGGGUAAGAUGAAUAUGUUCAGCGUUCCUCCAGUCUUUGGCCCUCUCGAGCUGGUACAGAUGAGGAGGACAUGACUGAAGCGAGCGCUGCGAUGGAGCAGUUGAUCUGCCCAUUCGAUUUGCAAGCUACUGGCUGUCAUGCCGCCCAACGAUCGAGCUGUCUGUGCGCUGCGAUGGGACGAGCAAGUUGGAUGAAUGCAUCAUGUUGACCGAGCCCGCUUACCACACACCCACUCGACAGAUCGCUUGCUGCUUCAAAUGGAGACACAGCGAAUGCGAUACCUGCUGACGUCUCACCUUCAGCCACACCUCCAUUCUCCGCCAUCACAAACAUUUAGCAUAAUCAGCUUCUUGGGCAACAUGCGGCUCGAGAAUCAUUUGUGGCUUGAGGCACGAUCACCACAGAUCGGCGAUAAUCCGGCCAAUGUAGGAGGAGGAGACUCAGCAAGUGGACCUUUGCCUGGCGAGCUAUACUCGAGCAUCGACGCAUCGCCCGAGGCGACGGGUGUUGCGGAUGGUGACGCUGCGAUCCCAGGGGCAACAGGCAUCGCACCACCCACUCCUACACAGCAGCCGGAGGCAGCAACGUUCAAAUUGAACAACUUCAUCCCGCUCUUCGUCAUCAUUGCUCUCCUCGUAUGCUUUGCCAUUGGCGGAAGAAUAUGGGGCCGCGUAUGGCACACGCGCGUCAGCAAAGCGGCACGAAAGCAAAGGGCGAGUGAAAGGAGGGCGAGAAGAGAGGCAGAGAGAGAGCGAAGGGAUACAAGAAGACAGAUGCGAGAGGCCUGGGCUAGGGAUGGCUAUGGCGAUUUUCCCGGCGGCAUGAGUCCCGCCUUGGGUCAAGAUGCUGCUGAGGAUAGUGAAGAUGAAAAGUCCCCCAAGAAGAACAUCGUUGGCGGGCUUGUCGCCACAUUGGGCAUUCGCGAUGGGGAGACUCGCCGCGACCGCAAUGAUCCUGAUGGCGACAGCAUUUACGGUGGCGCUUGGCUCGCCUCGAUGCGCAGGCUUGCCGGUUGGACGUCGGUCCGACGAAGCGAGUCAGAGGUGCCGGAUGAGUACACGCAAUCUCCCCGCCCGAGUCACCUGAGGCACACGUCCUCGAGAGAUCGGCUCAGAAUGAUGCGAGGCGCUCAAUCGCCCGGGGCUGGCUCUGUCAACCGUCGAGCAGAACUCGGCUAUGCAUCGCAUACGCAGCGUAGCGGCGCUAGUCGGGCCAAUACAGCACGUCUGAAAGGCACUUGGGAAAGAAUUAAACGUCACAUUGCGUCAAACAUCGGCUGGGGAUAUCAAGGUCAAGCUCCGAGUGGAGCUGAGCGUCGCGAAAUUGUGGCGAGAGCUGCCGUACCCGCCAACAAUGGGACGAACGUGUGGAGGAGGAUCGUCUCUGGCACUCGAGCAGAUCCCACAAAGCCCGUCAACAAUUUGCCUCACGUGGCUUACGGGCUCCUCUUACCACCUGCUCUUGGAGAUGACGGUCAGCCGUAUCCAGCGGGACGAGGACCCGAAUACGACUUGGAACGCUUCCCCUCCUCCCAAACUCGACAUGGAUGGAGGUCUCACUCUCGAACUCGCACUCCAAGCCCGCCAGCUUUGCUCGCCCCGCCAAACUCCAUUCGCGACACCGUUACGGCAAGUGUCAGGAGCGCUGUGACCGCUGCAUUGUCUUUCACGAGCGGCAGCUUCUCGCGAGGAACGCACGAACGCUUGGCCACGAGCGAAGACCAGCACAUGGACUCUGGCAGCGUCAGAGAGACUGGAGAAUUGCACUACCAUGCAAAUGGUCGGCGAUGCUCGUUAGACGAUCCCCAGCAUCUGCCACCGCCAGCAGUCGUUGACCAGGAGUUGAAGGACGUUGUCAGAACAUUCGCAAAUGGUGGGCAGGCCCCGGUUGUGCCAGCGAGGCCGAAUCCUGUGAUGUGGUCACCCCAGAAGCCCUCCAGAGAGCCCAUGAGAGGGGCACCACUCGAAAGGGGCUACACCGUCAACAGUCAAGUGUCCGGCUCGAAUUCAUCUGCGACCCAUGCAUCAAGAGGAAGCAAUGCUCUUUACAGGUCUCACACGACGAUCGACUACUCUACGCAGUCAGCUGCUUCUCCCUUCAACGGGCCAAUGCUUUCGGCUAAGGACGGAACGGCCCCGGUCGAGCGCUUCACACUGACAGAUGAGGGUUCUCCGGUCCCGCGGACGGCGUGCAGCAGGAACGCAACCAUAUCGGGGUCGCCAUCAUCGUCCGGUGCCGCAGGCCUGCAGCGGAGUAAGACCGGUAAGCUCUCCCGCGGAGCUACCUCGAGCAAGCGGACACUCCACAGCCAGCAGCAUGCCCUUGAAAAGCCCGUCAGAAGACGGACCACCGUGAGGAGGCCUGCAGCCGAGGAUCCCACGAGGCUACGGAGUAUUCUCAGACCGAGCAGAAAGAUGUCCGAUCAGAGCAGCGAGAGCAGCGACGAGGACGAAGCAGGAGAGGAUGUGCCAUUCACUCAGCCUCAAUACCGGCCAUCGGUUCGCUCUCGGACUCGCCGCACGGCAUCGAUUCGUCGCGAAGACUUCGAUCAAACUGCGGAGCUGGACCAGACCGUGCAGAGCUUGGCGUCGCCAACGCGAUUACCGAAGGCUCCGCACUCUAGCUUUGCGGACCUCCUGGCUUUCGAAGAUCACGAAGGUGUCGCAGACAUCCUGCAAGAGUACGAAGAGCCGCUUUCACCGCGGUCCAUGACAGCAGUGCAGGUGGACACUGCUCAAAGCGACUCGAUGCGAGUCGCGGAGGGAGCCGGACCGAAACGCACGAUUGCCGAGAGCGAGGACGACCUCACUGACUCUCGACGAGGUAGUUGCACCUCGCGUGGAUCUUCGGAGGAGCGACGUUCAUUUGGUAGCAGCGAAAGCUCGUCGAACUCAGAGUCUGGCGAGGCUUCAGGCUCCGAAGAGACUCCCACCAUAAUCGCAGAGGACACCACCGUUCGAGCCCUGCAAAGACCCUCGAACGCCAAGAGUCUGCACGGCGCUGCGUUGGUCGGCGAUGACUACUUCGAUGCAGUCAGCAAAGUUGACAAAGCAGCGCGAAAUGUUGACCAGCAUGUCGUCGACACACCGUCGCUCACCAGACCCUCAUCAGCGGCGAACCACACGAGCUUGAAAGGUCUCUCGACCGCUGACGCAGACGGAGAAUCUUCGAGCUCGACACCCACUGUCGAGCGCAGCACUCCUCAAAGACGGGCUACCAUCAAAAGCAAGGCAAAAUCUGCAAAUAACAUGGAUACCAUCGAUGCGCCCGGCACACCGGGAACGCCUGGGACCCCAGGGACACCGGGCACACCCCUCAGCCGCCGCCGGACUUGGCAGCGGAAAAACGGCCGAUGGCAGGCUACCGAGGUUGAGGAAGGUGCCGAUGAACCGGUUGAAGGAGAGCGCUCACCCACGGGGUCUCCAAGUGCGCCCACCGCUCUAGCUUCGCCUAUGCCACUACCUCCUCCACCGCCGGCUGCUCGGGCUCUACUCGCCGAGUCGUUCAGACCGUCGGCUCUGCCCGCUGCACUACGAAUCGGUUCGCCAGCUAUGACAGCUCCUGGCUCGCCAUCCAAGCAGUCACCAGCACACGCGAACGUGGGCAAGAAUCCAAUGCUCGGUCUAGCCUCUCCUUCGAGCGUUUCUGCGAAACGACAUGAGGACUUGUUCUUCGGUUCGGCAUCUCCAGCACGUUCGUCACCACGAGUGCUCGCCAGCGGAUUUGCCGAUCGUUCUGUGGGCGCACAUAAAGCUUUCGCCGGCCAAUUGCAUAUCGCUCCAAGCGACGCCGCCAAAUGCAGAACUGAAGGCGAGCCCAGCUGUCCUUCAUCCCCCCAGCGUCGAGCUGCGAUGGCUCGAAGGCCCCCGCGCCGAUAUCAAAUGGCGCUCGCGAGCGGCGAUGAUGAUGAAGAAAGCGAAGCACCCAAAGCCGGCUUGUCCAGAUCCCAAUCCAACCGCACUCUACUCAAACGCUCCAAUUCGACCACAUCCUCCGGCACUGGCUCGGACGACGUCUUCUUCACCCCUACGUCCUCUUUGCGUCGAGCCCCCACACGCUCGCAGAGCCACGACGCCUUUUCUCACGUCUCUGAUGAAUCUGACCAGACCGUCAAGGCAGGUCCGCGGAGUGGACUGACGCCAAAAGAGAGACAUCGCAUGCGCGAAACAGCCAUCGACAAGGUCCAGGACAUCUUGGCAACAGGCCUAGCGUCUCGCACGUAGAGCACAUUUUGCGCACGCACCGGACACUUGCCUCAGAAGAUCAGAUCUUGCGAGGCACCUGUGUCGUCCUUCCUCGAAGGAAGAAAAGCCCAUGUUGUGCCUCUUUCAUGCUCAAAUUUCGUACGUCUCUGUCUCGAUGAUGCCUUGAAGCCCGCCUCGUGGUUCUCCCCCCAACCCCCCCCAUCUUGUUGUCGCUUCGUUCAUCCCAGCAUCUAUAAUGACACCAUGCAAUGAAGGCAU